CUCUCCUUCAAUAUCUCCCUUCUCCGUUUGUUUGGAGAGAAAAUAUUUCCUUGAGAUAUCCAUCUUGGAACUAAUUAGAAAAGUCAAUCCUUUUUGUCUUUCAAUUUAUGAACCAAAUGACAUGAAGGGGAAGUUGAAAAUAGUUUUCUAUUUAUUUCCAUUCUCCCUUUACCUUGUAAUGAAGCAAAUGCAGUGUUCCUCUUUCUGCCCAAGGCUAUGAGUUGCUAUUGUUCUAUGAGGGUAGUUGUAUAUAUAUUUGUUUGAUUCCUUUUUAUUGGCUUUUGGACAAUAAAUUAGUUGCUUUCAUUGUGCUAUAAACUCCUAAGAUGGCCUUUCAUAAGUUUCAAAUGGCUAAUCUGUUGUCUUGGAUUAUUUCUCCAUGGUCAUAGCUCUUGGUUUAACUUAGAUGCUUCAUUAUAAACAAGGAUUUGCUCUCAUCUCUGAUAAUAAAGAUCUCAUCUUUAAUGUAAUCAUUCUCGGUUCUACCUUAUGUCCUCUUUUUUCUUUUUUCUUUCUAGUAGAAAAGAAAUAAAUUGGCUUUUAACUAAUUUCCCAGUUAUCGGGUUUUGAUUUUUACUUGGAUUGUUGGCAAUUUUUAUAUUUUGCUGUCAGAUAUUGUGAUCCAAUAGCUUGUUGCCAUUUUGCCUUUGAUUUUUAUUAGGUAAUAAAUCAUAAUUGGAAAAGAUAUGUUUUAUUAUAUGGUAAUUCACAAAUUAUGUUAGUUGAUAAUUCAUGAUGUCAAAGAAGUUGAGUGUGCUCCUAUGCUACACAUUCAAUCUGAUUGGCUCUUCCCUUGAACUUUUCUGUCUUUUAUUUUGAAAUUAUGGAUUCUGUUAAAAGCUCAAUUAAAGGAAUUUAGAGCUAGCCUCAAUUGGAGGAGCAUCUUGCAUUGAAUCUUCAAAGAACUUUUAACUAGAUAAAUGGAGGAAUCUGAGAAAAGAAAGGAAAGAUUGAAAGCAAUGCGCAUGGAAGCUGCUCAUGCUGAAGUGUCUAAUAAAGUUGAGACUUCUGCAAGUUGCCUUUCCAAUCCAUUGAGUGGGACAUCCCCAAGUUCGACAGUGCAGGAUAACUUUUGUACAACUCCCCGCUUUGACUACUACACUGACCCUAUGGCAGCAUUUUCCGCUAAUAAGAAGAGGGGCAAGGGGACAGCCCGAGAAUCUUUUACAUCCCCAACUACUAGUGGCUGGCCAUUGGCUAGGCCUUCACCAUCCCAUCCUGGACCAAGGAACUCUGGUAGGAAUCUGCCUGUUCAUCAGGUGCAGAGCCAGUUAACACCUGAUCACAGUAUAUAUCAACAAGGUCCAUAUAGUAGCUUUACUACCCACAGAAGCCCAAGAAUAAGAAGUCCUUCACCCAUGAAUCAUGGUAAUUCUGAUGCUUGGAGUGGAUCCCAGGCAACUGUUAAUUACUAUAGCUUUGCUUCUGAUGGAAGCCCGAGAGGAAUGUUUGGUACUUCUCCCAUGCAUCCUGGAACUUCUCCUAGGGUGUGGAAUCCCUCUAAUGGAUCAAGGUAUGGUAAUUUGCCCAGCCCUGGCUUUUCACCUGUGGAUAGCCCUAAUUAUGAUUAUGGAAGAGGCAGGCCUCAAAUGUUUGGUAACAAUCCAAUCCUUGGUCCAGGACCUAGAGGCAGUCCUGGUUUCAGUUCAGGAAGAGGCAGGGGCCCUGGAUAUAGUGGCAGCAUCAGUCCUGGUAUGGGAAGGAGUGGCGGACGAGGGCAAGGUUUUCAUGGCCGUAGCUCAGCAUCAAACAGGACAUUGGGGCCAGAGAGUUUCUUUGAUGAAUCCAUGUUGGAAGAUCCUUGGCAGCAUUUAAAGCCUAUUCUAUGGCGGAGACAAGAAGCUGGAAUGGAUAGUUUGAGUACCCCAGGCUCUUCAAAUUCCUGGCUUCCAAAAUCCAUUGGCAUAAAAAAGGCAAAAGUUUCAGAGGCUUCUAGCACGUCUAAUUCUCAACCAAGUCUUGCAGAAUACCUUGCUGCCUCAUUCAACAAAGCUGUUGAGGAUGGACAAAAUGCAUGAAAUUGCUCAAAUCUCCAAGGACAGCCGCCCAAUGUGCUUUUUGCGACGGGCAGCCAUGUAUAAGAGAUCUGUUAUGACCAUUUAGCUGAUAAUUGGAUGCCAAUCUUGAUGCUUGAGGACGGGAAUGGCUGAAGGCCUGAAGGAGUUCCCAUAAAUACUCUUAGAUUAUAUAGAUAUAUUUUCGGGAUAAGUGAUAUUUGGCUAAUGAGAGGUAACUUUUUCCCAUUAAUAAAUCUCAUUCCGUUAGAAUUUCAAGUUGUAAUCCUAAAACUUUAUUUGGCAUCUUUUUUUUCUCAAAAUGUAGUUGGGAGAAGAUGUACUAUUUAAACCAACAAGUUAAAAUCAUCAGAGAAAAGAUUGUAUUAUCAUCAGUUAAUAAAAUAGAAAAAUGAAGCUUAACCCAAAUUCUAUGACACU